UCACGCGCUCCUUCGUUAGCAAACACAGGAGCUAGCACAAGAGCUAACUCGGAGCUGACAUGAGUGCUGCGGUCGUGGUGCGGAGGUUAGCGGCUCUGUCCGGGGCUUCUGCGGUGGGACUGGGGGCGUACGGAGCUCACGGUUUCAAAAAUACAGAUCCUGAUGACUACCAAUUAAUGCUUUUCGAAACGGCCAACAAGUACCACUUCUACCACAGCCUGGCCCUGCUGGGAGCGGCUCAGUGCAGACAGCCCGCCGUGGCUGGCACUCUGCUCGUCGCUGGGAUGGGCUUGUUCUGCGGAGCUCUGUACCGCCAGGCGCUGACCGGGGAGGUGGCACCCAAGAAAGUGGCACCCGUGGGCGGUGUGGCCAUGAUCGCGGGGUGGUUGGCCAUACUGCUGUGAACCUGCGAGCGUCUCCGUGACCAUCGGCUCGACCUAAAGAACUGAACUAGAACUACGUGAAUGACGCCCAACCGCUCCCAUGGGUGUCAUCGGGAGAUAAGGUCACCCUGACGUUAUCAGUACUUGUGCUUUGUGUUUAGCUGAGGCCAGUUGAAUCAAAGGGACCUGUAGUCAAUACGGAGUCAAACUGCUAUGGCACUAAUAAGAAAUGUAUUUUUUUGAGCAUCACAAUGAAGUUGAAAUUCACUUUCUCAACAGCUAAUACUUUUUAUAGCUAGAUUAUACGAGCAGCUUUAUUAAAAUUUGAAUAACAAGAUUGCAGUUGUUUUGCCUUAAAAAGCUAUUCAUAUAAGCUUUUUCCAAAUGUAAUCUGGUACUAUUGCUUUAAUUAUAACCAAAAUAUCGUGAUAUCGUAUCGUCAAAAGUCUCACAAUAAUAUCAUGGACCACCACAAUAUAUCGAAUCUCAAGUCUCGUUGCUUAAAUUCAUUGUUACGGUGCAGCAACAGCUAAAAAAAACAGUGAGAACUACAUAGACCAUGAUCCGUGUCUCAUUCGUUCAUUCGUUUUUUUCCCAACCAAAAUGAAAAAACAGAUGUUGAUUUGUUUUUUCAGUUUUCGAUUUUGUGUUUAAAUGAAAAAUGGAAAAAACGGAUAACGGACGUUUACGUGACUCCCCUGACUGUGAUGCCGGACUUUUGCACUGCAUACGGAUUGAACCAGGACUGAUCCAGGUCCGGGACCAGACUGGGACCGAGAUCGGGACUGAGAUCGGGACCAGACCGGGACCAGAGCAGACUCCGCAGGGUCCGAGCCUCAGCUUCGAG